GAGUGUGCAACAUGAUAUCACUGAUUUCACUUUCAGAUGGUCAGCCUGUAAAUGAUCAAUUAGCAGCGCACAGCAGACGUAGGCAACGAGAACUCCCAACUUUAACUUCUGCUGUUAAAGUUAAACGGAACGAAGACACAUGUUGAAUUCCAAACAGAAGUUGAUGACAUCCUCUUCCUCAAGGAAGCACUACAGCGAGUGCGAGGACAACAAUUACUAAUAAAUAUAUAUUUAUCCGGAAAAGGGUUGGACUGGGAGAUCCCGUUACUAGUGGUCUACCCACGGUGACAUGAAGACGAGAUGAUAUCCAAAGAACUCCGCGAUAUGCUCGUGAAGUGCGCUCCGCACUGGAACGCUAAGAACGUUUUUCAAGCUAGCCGAAAGUUGAGCAGACUUGGUACAACUAUUCAUAUAAUAAUGAAACAGUAACGGAUGAAGUUGAAGUCCUGAAUAUUUUUUGUUUCACCAUGGCAUGUUUUUCAUGUUUCAUGGUUGAUUCAAUCUCCUCCUGGUGACAGUGAUAAUUCCUUUUCGACGUGUAUUGUUGUCUUGUAAUUCGAGAUUGUCUCCGUUAGCUACUUCAUUUCCAAAUAACCGCCCCCCAACAUCAACAGGCAUCACCGAAUUAUCGCACCUAGCGUUAUACCUAGGCGGCGCGAAGGCAGAAAAGUCGCGUUUGAACAAAGACUUAGACAAGCUAGGGGAAAAAGGAUUUUCAAAGCGGACCCUGGGAGCCUUGAAAACGGAGCUGGAGCAGAUAGGAAUCGGCCAAUGGUCAGCUAACCGCAGGUUCUCAUUCGAUGGUGCGACGGGAAGUACUGGAACCGUUGCGAAGAGCAAGUACUUCCGAUCACGUCCGAUUCUGGUCAUUGAUGUGAUGAUAGAUACAUUUGCAUGUGCUUUUUAUGAUCAACAUCGCCCUUAACCUUAUCCAGGAGUACAUUGUGCAAAACUACCACUCACCAGGACCCUAGGAAGCGUAUCUAGUUCUUCGUCUUCAGCGACGCUAGACGGAGGCACACCCGCGAGACCUAGUUCUAGCCCUACAGCGAGAAGUCAUGUCCGUCUUCCUGCCAUUUUGACUGGGAAUAGCGCUGCCAGUUCAUCGAGAGGUCCUCAACAUCCUGAACAUGAGAUGCGUCCUCAACAUCCUCACGAGGAAGGUGAGCCUGCUAUAGAUGAACGCUCUCGAGGCGGAACAAGAACUUCCUCAUCCUCUUCUUCAGCGAGUCUUGGAAGUGGAGGUAAUGCUGCAUCUGCUGGUGCUGGUGGUGCAGGCUACGUUCCCGGUAUUGACUACGUCGAUUUGACCAGGGAAGAAGGCUAUUCGCGAGACCCAUCGUGGAUGCUAUCAAUUAACAAGAAAGGGGCUAAAAAGCACACCACGCGGAAUCCAUUAUUAAGGCUCCUACUGCUAUUAAAGCAUCUUCUUCGUCUUCCUCAGCGCCAUCCUUGGCCUCUUUUUUCAAGUACUUGACAAAGAAGCCGAGCUAACCCUUCGUCUUCCUCAGCGCCAUCCUUGGCCUCUUUUUUCAAGUACUUGACAAAGAAGCCAAGAAGGAUGCUCUCAGGAGGGAAGACGCAACAGCAACCUCUGCGGUAGCUCUAACAUUAGCGGAAACAGUGAAGUUGUUUCAACCACAGCUAGGUCCGAGAAAAGUCUACAAACAGGAGAUGCCGCGUAAGAAUCGGGUGAACACUGAAGAUAUGCCAUCCUCUCCUUUAGGCAUUUUGCAACGGGUGAAGGAAGGAGAACGAGCAUUGGACGACCUGCUGAAGCAUGCCAAACAACCUCAAGUUCUCCACCAUUUCAAAGCGAACGUGCCAACAGCCUACAAUCAUGGUGGUCGCGACGGCGGUGACUACGCUUUGCCGACUUUCGUUAUGAGGGGAUGUUUCAUGAAUGUCAGAGGACGUCAGUUGGCCUGCUCGGCUUAAUAUCAUGUCUAGCUAUUUGUUCUUUCCAAGAGUCAGUAAGUACAUAGAUAGAUAAAUCUUGCUUUCGCUUCUUCUUUUUUUCUCGCGCCUCACUCUAAUCUCCACACAAGUCUCGCACGGGAUCCGGAGCUCGUGAGACUUGAGAACUCACGGAUGGAGGCUUCACGGAACGCCUCUCGCGCGAAUAGUCCAAGUCGCAGAUCCUCGCAUUCUCCCAGUCGUCCUGGCUCUUCUCCUACUGGAGUUGGUGGCUUAGUCGUUUUGCCACAUGGACCAGAGCGCGAUAGACUAGUCCGAAAACUUUUUGUCCAUGGUCAGUUGCAACAGCAAAAGCACGAACAGGAAAUGAACAAGAAGAAGAAGCUAGCUGCUAGUAGGAAUAGAAAAUCGACGGAGUCUCCGCUAUUACCUGCUGAAGGUGAUCAAGCUGGCGGUGAUCCUGGUGCAUCUGCUUCUGGAGAUAAUGCUGCCAAACGUAAAACAGGAGAACAACAACAGGCCAAAGGUAGUUCAUCUUCAUCCGCAUCUAACUCAUCUCCAAGCAACCGCAAACGAAAGCGCAGUAGUGACGACCGUGACGGCACAGAGAGUACCAAAACGUUAGAUCAUGUUGGAAUUUCAGAAGUGGACAAACAACGACUAAUGCAAGACAUUUUUCGCGAUUUAGACCCAAUGAAAUACGCCAAUGAGAUUAGAGAACGAGAGUUGCUACGAGAAGCAGCUGAAGUAGAGCCACAUUACAGUGACGACUUCGACGAACCCUCAAGGAGUGCAUCGCCGUGGAGCGGAUUAGGUAUAACUAUGAUGUGUAGUAAAGAGUCCUUCACUUUGGAGUACAUUGUUUUAGUUUACAGUCUCAUUUUUAACUUCAUACAUAGGUGGUCUCCAACAUCAUACAUAGGUCUCCAACAUCAUACAUAGGUCUCCCCUCAGAAGAUUUGGUCUUUGAGGAAGACUCUACUUAGUAUCUAUGUGGUCUCAUGACUACUCAUUCUACUCAGUUGUUCGCGAUCAAUACGGCAUGUACCACCAUCGCAGUCCUACUGGAAUUGAGCCAGCUCCUCCUCCUCGAGCUCGGUCCCCCUCUUCAAACGGAUCCUCUAGACGCGGGGGACGCAAUCGAAGCGUCUCUUCAGCGGCUGUGAAACAGAUUCGAGGAACCUACUUGUCCUCCAAGAAUCACUCUAGCUCGUCUCUGCGGAGUGGAACACAGUCCGUAUCCUCAAAUCCGCCUCGUGACGUAUUCGAUCCUAGGGAACCUAGAGCGGACCCGGAUGUUUUGGCAGAACAACGAAGAAACGAUAAAUACAGAAAGUGGAUGAAACAAUACCUCUGAUGAAGAUGUUGUUGUUCAAACUAAUACCUCUGAAUCUGAUGAAGAUGUAGUUGUUCAAAGUAUGUUGAACAUGAAACAAUACCCCUUGUUCAAAGUAGUUUAUUUUGAUGGAGUUACAGAGAAGUAGAUGAGGACGUUGUACUACUACUUAUAGCAGAACUUCUUUUAUAGCUGUACCCAUCUACUUAGAAAAUCUAACGAGGUUCAUCAUCUCGUCAUUGUAAGAUAGGGCACUUAGAUUUACUUGAUAUCUUGUUAAAGAAGUCAUUUUCUCAUUAUUGAUUCCAUUAUUUCCGGUCAGAAAUUCCACCUACCUUGAUAAAUACUUGAUAAUUCUAGAAGAUCUUGACGAAGAUCUGAAAAGUAGCUUCAUUCUCAUGUCGUUUGAUUCCUGAAGAUUCACUUUCACUUGAUAUCGAUAUUAUCGAUCCCCAUCAAGGAAAAGCAACCCGAUCCCCGCUUACUUUGUAGUUAUUCCUUCAUUCCUUAGAGUUAGACACACAACAAGCGACUGCGACAUGGAACGACAUAAAGUAGAUCGAUGAACAUGUACCAGAUGUACACGUAGAGACAGAUGUUGAACUGGAAUUGGAAUUGGAUAUUGUUCUUAUGAUAUAUCGAAAUUGCAACCAUAGCGACAGCACUAU